CUUGAAUUGAAGGGGGGGGGGACGAGCUUUCUGGAAAGGGGGGACUGAAGGGAAGGCAAGUCUGUGCUGCUUCUGCUCCAAUUUGAACCAGACAGACAGCCUAGGAAGGAUCUUUGGGAGGCGGGGGAAAGGCAGCUGGACCGGAUCCCAGCAAGCGUGAGCCCAAGUUCCUCAGAAGGAGAAUGUCUCAACUGUCCGUGAAGGAACAUCUGGAUGGGAUCCUUUCGGAUUUUGAAGCCUUAAAGAGGUCCUUUGAGAUGGAAGAUGUGGAAGAGGUCACUUCAUGUUCAACCAGACCUUCUCUAAACCCCUGCCCAUCUGAAAAUGGAGAGGGGAAAAGAAACAGGGGACCCAUGCAGAAUAUCUACCAAUCUCCCAUCGGCCUGAGCAACAUCCCCAGUCCUUCACACAGUCCGAUCCCCAAAGCCAGGAUCACUAACAGCUUGUCUUUCAACCGAGGCACCAUUCAUUUGCCUCGGGCCAAUGGGACCAACCUCAUCAGGGUGUCCUCCUUCCAAACUCGGCUGAAUCCCAAUGGAUUCUCUUCAUCUUUAGGGCCAGGAAGUGAUGAGAGUCUUCACAGUUCUUCUUCCAGUUUGGGUUGCCCAACUCCCACAAGAUGCCCUCCGAAUCCCACUCGGCAAUCUGAGUCCUCUGGAAUCGAGAUGUCUCAGCUAUCUAGUCCUUUGCAGAAGAAGUUCUCUUCCCAUGGGAAUGUCUUUCAUCCCGAGGUGGAGCGUCCCAUCCGGCAGGUCUCCAAGCCCACCGUGAAUCACAGCUCCUUGCCAUCCCUUGACUUGCAUAUCGCAGAAGACCAGGGCCCCAGUCCUACCCUUUGCUCCACCUCAAACGUUGACCCCACCAAUAGGUGGAGCUCCCAAGACCAAAAUCCCAUGUCGCCUCUUCCAAAGAAUGGAACGUUACUGAGAAAGGAUUCUCCUUUCUCUACCAUGGAGGUUGGCCAGUUGGCGAACGUGACUUCUACAACUUCUUUGGCCUCUAGGCAAACUUCAAAGCUUCAAACAUUUCCCACCAGCCUGGACAGGUUAAUUGGAAACCCCCCAGUUGGUUGUGUUCUCCCUUCUGUGGCUGAUCCUGGGCCCAAAUCUUUGCCUAAGGCCCAGCUUCAGAUCAGCCUUGGCCACAGCCUGUCUCCUCCAUCUCCAGAACUGAUCAACAAAGAUCAAAUGAUCAUAACCCAUGAUACUUCCUUAACAACCUCUUAUGGAAGCCUUCCAGAGAUAUCAGAAACAGAGAGAACAGCUCCUUGUCCCCAGUCUGCCUCUUUCCAGCUUGUCUCUCAAUCUCCAACUACUCAAGCUACUUCUCAGUCCUCUUUUCUUGGUUAUCCAAUGACAGUGCCACCUCCACAAGGUAGCCCAGCUUUGCCCAAUCCAAGAGAAAACUGCCCUGCUCUGAUUGACUCCGUCUCCUGCCAAGGUGCUUCCAAGGCUUCAGAUCCAGAGCCGACGUUUGGCCCAUUGGAAGAGUCUGGGGACCAGCCUCUGGAGAUCUUCGAGAAGAAAGAAGAAUCUGCAGAGAAGAACUCACCCAAAGAAGAGAUUCAUCCCAAGCUUCAGCAGCUGAGCAUGGAGGACGAUCUAGCAGGAGAACCAAGGCCUCAGGAUGGUCCAGCCCGCAAGACCACGGACGGUGGACUGUUUGGCUAUGUGGGGAUUGAGGCCGUCCUGGAUCAGAUGCGUAUCAAGACCAUGAAGACAGGGUUUGAAUUCAACAUCAUGGUUGUAGGACAAAGUGGCCUUGGGAAGUCCACCAUGGUCAACACCCUCUUUAAAUCCAAGAUCAGUCGGAAAUCAGCCUAUUCCGGAUACGAGGAACGUAUUCCCAAAACCGUGCAGCUACUCUCUAUCACCCAUAUUGUUGAAGAAAAAGGAGUGAAGAUGAAGCUGACGGUCACGGACACCCCGGGAUUUGGGGACCAGAUUAACAAUCAAAACUGCUGGGAGCCGAUCAUUCAGUAUAUCAAUGACCAGUAUGAGCGUUAUUUGAAAGAGGAGGUCCUGAUUAAUCGCAAGCAGAAAAUCCCAGACACCCGUGUACACGCCUGUGUGUAUUUUGUCCCCCCCACGGGUCACUGGCUCCGCCCCUUGGACCUGGAGUUCAUGAGACGUCUCAGUAAGAUCACCAAUGUGGUGCCCGUCAUCGCCAAAGCGGACACCUUGACCCUGGAGGAAAGGGCAGAGUUUAAACAGAGGAUCCAGAAAGACCUGAAGGCCCACGGAAUCCAUGUUUACCCUCAAGUUGACUUUGACGAUGACCCGGAUGAUCGGCUUUUGAACGAUAAAAUCCGGGAGAAAAUCCCCUUUGCAGUGGUAGGUGCUGACAAGGAACACCAGGUGAAUGGAAAGAAGGUCCUGGGUCGUAAGACCAAGUGGGGGACCAUUGAAGUGGAAAACUCAGCCCACUGUGAGUUUCCUCUGCUGCGGGAUCUCUUAAUCCGGUCUCACCUCCAGGAUCUCAAGGACAUCACCCACAGUGUACAUUAUGAACAAUACCGCAUCCAGCGCCUCAAUGAAAGCAACCGGCUAGUCAAAGGUGGCGAGUGGCUGGCACUGAGCUCCCUCACUUAUGAGCCACAGGGACAGCAUGGUCUCCCCUGCACCGCCUCAGCCCCACCACCCCUCCAGUAGCUGGUGCAGAUGGCUUUCUCAUUCCUUCUUCUUUUUUGGGGGGGGGAGGGGGAAUUAGCUGGAGCAAUGUUCCCAGAAGACAUCACAUUCCCUCUGCAGCCCCCAUGUCCUCUCACCAUCUAUGCCCCACUGCUGGGCACCUUCCUUUUCAUCUGUCUUCCAUCCAGUUUCACACUUUGGAGAAGAGCUAUGCUGGAAGAGCUGGCAAUUUAGCCCACUUUUUCACAGUCUUUGCCAUCUGCACCAUGUGGCUGUCUUUUUUGUGACCUCUGCUUCUCAGCUAAGCUCUGUGCAUCAUUCCAGGAAAAUCUCCAUGCUGCCUUUGGAAGCAGGUUCUUCUUUCCAGAGGUUUGAGUGUGAGCCCACUGUCCCAAGCAGACCUAUUUUCUUCCUUAACCCACACCUUAAUUCUCUCUUUUAUUUCAUCCUAAAGCUAGUGGCUCCAUGCUACUUCCUCGUCACACUUGUGGGGUGGGGUGGGGGAGAGACUCUGAAGGUUUUGCGUUGGGUCAAAGAUGGAGCUCACAAACUCUGUUAGCCCGAGUGGUGACUCUUUCUUCAUUGUAGAUAGUCCCAGACUGGGAGGUUGGUAGCUAUAAGAACUUAUGAGAGCAAAUAUGGUCUUCAGAUGAAGAGGCAACCAUCCUAUGUGACUUGGACUGACUGAUAGGACCAAAAUUACUCAUCUGAAAGUAAUUGGACAACAGGAGGAAUGAGAUAUCCCAAGCAAUCUUCUGCACAAGAGACCUUUGUCACCGUGUACAAAGCUAUGAGUUUCUGACUGUGGAAUGCUCCUUCUGGAUACUUCUUGUUCUGAGAUCCACGGGCCUGGGACGAUGCAGGAGAGUUCUUCCAGCCUGGUCCUGUGUUGGUGCAGAAGAAGAGACCUGGAGAAACACUUUCAUUUUCCAGAAUUUGCUCAAUUGCCCAAGUUUGUGGUUCCCUCCAUGACAUUGACACUCCUGAGCAAAGGGCUCUUGGUCAACUUGUGAGUUUUUCCAGUUAUUACAUUAAAUUCCAAUUUAGAAGGUUUGGAGUUUUUCUUUUUUUCUUUUUUUGUCAGAGGCCCCUUAACUUCAAUGUAGAACGGAGCUCCAGAGAUUGGUUGGACCGGCCUAUCCGUCUGCUAUUGGCAAUCAGGUAAAGCAGACCCACCCUAGGUCUCUGGUGACCAGACUCACUAUCAGCUACUGGAGAACAAUCAACUAUGGUCAAGAUGGCAGGAAGUCAGAAGUCACCCCCCCCACACACACACACACAUACCCUGCAUUUUUGCCUACCUGUUUUUCUGUUUAGGUAAAGAAAUACCUCUGAAAGAAUCCAACAGGGCACAGGUUAUCUAGCAUUUUAUAAUUCUAUUGGGAUUAUGAUUCUUGUAAUCUAAAUUAGCCUGGCCAAAGGAUAGCUAAUUGUGCAAAGUUACCAUAAAGACUUAGAACAAGUCAAGGAAAGUCAUGAACCUACCCUAGUAGAGAAAAAGAGAAGGAAGAUGUAAUCCUCUGAGGGUCAACUACUGUAU